UGAUGAUCCGCUUGUCGGACGGCGUAGUUUUGUUUGAAUCUUUUAAAUGACGUCUGGAGGAAAUAAAAAUCUGCGUUGAAACACGAGAAAGUGAUCCGUAACAGACUCCGGACGGAAUCUUUUUUAUCUCAAAGUUAAAGAAAAAGAUUACAGAAGAAAAAAGAUUAUUCAUUUACCGACCAACAGCGAGGUCCAGACCACAGCGUCCUCAUCAGGGAGGUCCAGACCACAGCGUCCUCAUCAGGGAGGUCCGGACCACAGCGCCCUCAUCAGGGAAGUCCAGACCACAGCGCCCUCAUCAGCGAGGUCCAGACCACAGCGUCCUCAUCAGGGAGGUCCAGACCACAGCGCCCUCAUCAGGGAAGUCCGGACCACAGCGCCCUUUAUCAGGGAGGUCCAGACCACAGCGCCCUCAUCAGCGAGGUCCAGACCACAGCGCCCUCAUCAGGGAGGUCCAGACCACAGCGUCCUCAUCAGGGAGGUCCGGACCACAGCGUCCUCAUCAGGGAGGUCCGGACCACAGCGCCCUCAUCAGGGAGGUCCGGACCACAGCGCCCUCAUCAGGGAAGUCCGGACCACAGCGCCCUUUAUCAGGGAGGUCCAGACCACAGCGCCCUCAUCAGCGAGGUCCAGACCACAGCGCCCUCAUCAGCGAGGUCCAGACCACAGCGCCCUCAUCAGCGGGGUCCAGACCACAUCGCCCUUAUCAGGGAGGUCCAGACCACAGCGCCCUCAUCAGCGAGGUCCAGACCACAUCGCCCUUAUCAGGGAGGUCCAGACCACAGCGCCCUUAUCAGGGAGGUCCAGACCACAGCGCCCUCAUCAGGCGGCGUUUGGGAUCCCUCUGUUCUGCAUAUAUAACCGAAGCCAUCGAAGCCAUCUACCUUCUCCAAAAGGUGAAAGAUGACAUCCACACCAUCACUAGGACGUUAUCAGUAUCUCCUACUGGUUCUCUUUCUUCUUGUUUGUUUUGGAGGAGUGUUCUACACUUACAUGCCGACAAUUAACUGGAGGCAGUGUUCUGCUGUCACAUUCUUCAGCUAUGACGUCUGCUUAGAUAAAUGUCUCGAUGUUUUCAAAGAGAAACAUCUCUUAAACUCAUCCAUCAUCAGCACUAUUAACUACACUGUGGUAAAGCAGCAACCACCGAUCACAACACAACCGGUCAUGGAAGAAAAUCAGGAAACUCAUGACCGUAACACCAUCAUAUUAAUGUGGCCAUGGCCUUUCGGGUAUACGUUUCAGGGAGAAUCCUGUAGUGUAAAGUUCGGUAUUGAAGGUUGUCACUUUACAGGUGAUAGAAACCAACAUGACAAAGUCCAUGGUAUUAUGUUUCAUCACAGAGAAAUCAGUGGUGAUUUACAGACCCUAACAACCAUGGCACGAUCUCCACACCAGAGAUGGGUGUGGAUGAACAUGGAGUCUCCUGAGAAUUCAGGAAGAUGGGGCGAGUUGGACAAUUUAUUCAACAUAACAUCAAAUUAUCGAAGAGAUUCAGAUAUCUGGGUACCUUACGGGAGACUCAGAAAGGCCACUGAGCAGGAGAAAAACUUUCAAAUUCCACCAAAGGACAAAACUGUCUGCUGGAUCGUCAGCAACUGGAACCCCAACUUUAGACGAGUGAAAUAUUUUGAUGAACUGACCAAACACAUUAAAGUAGAAGCUUAUGGUAGACACUUUAACAGGUUUGUCAGUGAUGAAGACUAUAAAGCGACCAUGUCCAGCUGUAAAUUCUACUUAUCAUUCGAGAACUCCAACCACAAGGACUACAUCACGGAAAAGCUGUUCAAUGCUCUGACCCUCGGCGCGGUUCCUGUGGUUAUCGGUCCACCAAGGGACAACUAUGAGGAGUUCAUUCCAGCAGAUUCUUUCAUCCAUGUGGAUGAUUUCAAAACCCCUCAAGAAUUGGCAGAAUAUCUCACAUUAUUGGACCAGAACCAGACGUUGUAUGAACAGUACUUCAACUGGAGAAAAGAAUUCACUGCUGAAGGUUCAUAUUUUGGUCUAGAACACGCAUGUCGAAUUUGUCAAUAUAUAAGAAGCUAUACGGGCUACAGAGUGGUUACAAGUCUCAGUAAAUGGUACUGGGGUUAGCGUAGCUAUUGUGUGUAGAUGCUUGAAUUGGAAACCCUACACUAAACAUGGCCAAUGUCAAGGCUGUGGAUGUUCUGUCAUGGUGACAGAAGAUCAUUCAUGUAGCACUUUUCUAAGCCUCUUUUUGUAACUGAAACACAAAAGAAAUGUCUGUAAUGCUGUGAAGAUGUGAUGUGUCUGGUUCUCUGUGAAACGGUAUGAAAGGACUUUUAUAACUUUUACUAAAAAGACUUCUUACCAUGAUGCUAUGAUGCUAUGAUUAUGCUUGCAGAAUCUUAUAAAGUUAAAGUACUGAUACAAAGUGAGUUUGAUCAGUGACUCAGAGAACCAAAGUUCUGCUAAAUUUAGAUGGAGGCUCUGUAUUAGUACUAAGCAGAAGGUUGGCACUGCCACGCUGCCCCUUAUGGACCCUUGAAUAAGUUGAAUUCUUUGUUCUCGCCUCCAGGAGCAUUGAAUCCUGACUGAAUCUGUCGUUUAAGCCUAAUUACUUAAUAAACUCUGAUAGUAUGAUUUUAAAAAUGUCAAUGGACUGAAAUGUAUAUGUGAGGAAUAAAGUUUAAAUCAAA